AGAUAAUGUACGCAAAGCAUCUGGUACACGGUGAACAAGAACGGUGCUUGUUCAGUGUCAGUAGAGGAGUCCCGGCCUAAGGCAACGGAGGUGACACGGCCAGGUCUCCAGACUUCCCGGUCCCCGACCCCUCUUCAGGGUGGACUGUGUGGACGGGACCUCUCGCCGCUCAUCCAGGCGCCCCGCCCCGCGUUCCCUCGCUCGGCUCCGCCCCUCCCGCCCAGAGGCGCGGCGGCCCGGGAACCCGGAUCCACUACUCUCGCCCCGCGGAGCCCGCGGAGCAGAAACCUCCGUGCAUUGGAGACCAUGGAUAAAUAUGACAUGAUUAAGGCUAUCGGGGAAGGUGCCUUUGGGAAAGCAUACUUAGCCAAAGGAAAAUCAGAUAGCAAACUCUGUGUUAUCAAAGAGAUCAAUUUUGCAAAGAUGCCCAUCCAAGAAAAAGAAGCUUCCAAGAAAGAAGUCAUUCUUCUGGCAAAGAUGAAACAUCCCAACAUUGUAACCUUCUUCAGUUCCUUUCAAGAAGACAAUAGGCUCUUUAUUGUGAUGGAGUAUUGUGAUGGAGGGGAUCUCAUGAAAAGGAUCAAGAGACAACGGGGAGUCUUGUUUAGUGAAGAUCAGAUUCUGAGUUGGUUUGUACAGAUUUCUCUAGGAUUAAAACAUAUUCAUGACAGAAAGAUCUUACACAGGGACAUAAAAGCCCAGAACAUUUUUCUUAGCAAGAAUGGAAUGGUUGCAAAGCUUGGGGACUUUGGUAUAGCAAGAGUUCUAAACAAUACCAUGGAACUUGCUAGAACUUGUGUUGGAACACCUUACUACCUGUCUCCAGAGAUCUGUCAGAAUAAACCCUACAACAAUAAAACGGAUAUCUGGUCUCUUGGCUGUGUCUUAUAUGAGCUCUGCACACUCAGACAUCCUUUUGAGGGUAACAACUUACACCAGCUGGUUCUGAAAAUUUGUCAAGCACAUGUUGCCCCAAUAUCUCCAAGGUUUUCCCGGGACCUACAGUCCUUGAUAUCCCAGCUCUUUGAAGUAUCUCCUCCAGAUCGACCCUCCAUUAAUUCCAUCUUGAAAAGGCCCUUUUUAGAGAAAUUAAUUGGCAAAUACUUGACUCCUGAGGUCAUUCAGGAAGAAUUCACUCACAGCCUCAUACAUAAAGCAAGAGUGUCUGCUUCUCGACCUGCUGGAAAGGUGGUCCAAGGUAAGAAUGAUUUAACCAUGCAGUCAGAAAACCAUGUAUUAUGUGUGUCUCAACGCACCAUUUUUCAAAUAAAAAUGGCAGAAAGGCCCAAACUUGCUGUGUGUGGACAUUAUGAUUAUUAUUAUGCCCAACUUGACUUGUUGAGAAAGAGAGCCCACGGACCAAAUUACCUCUAUGUUCCUCAAAACGAUACCAGAGUUGAGGAGAAUUAUAAUCAGGAAGAACGCCACAGUCCGCCUCCAGGUCAAUGGCCUGCUGAAUACCUUCAGAGGAAAUUUGAAGCUCAACAAUAUAAGCUGAAAGUGGAAAAACAGUUGGGUCUUCGUCCGUCUUCUGCUGAGCCAAGUCACAACCAGAUACAAAAGCUAAGAAGUAACGGAGAAGAGCCUGGUUUCCAGGGACUGCAGUUCAGGAGAAACAAAAUGAAGGAACAGGAAUAUUGGAAGCAGUUAGAAGAAAUACGCCAACAGUACCACAGUGACAUGAAGGAAAUUAGAAAGAAGUUGGGAUGUGAACUGGAGGAGGACUCAAAAAUAAAUCCUAAAACCUAUUUGGUGAAGAAGAGUGACCUGCCCAUCCACCAGGAGGCCCCCGAGGAAGGAGCACCUGUGCAGGAUAUUGAAAGAGACUUGAAACAAAUUAGACUUGAGAGCAUAAAGGAAGGUAAAAUUCCGGAACAAAAAUAUAAAGCUAAGAGAGGGGUAAAGUUUGAAAUUAAUUUAGACAAAUGUAUUUCUGAUGAAAACACCCUCCAAGAGGAAGAGGCAAUGGAUAUACUAAAUGAAACGUUGACCUUUGAGGACGGCAUGAAGUUUAAGGAAUACAAACGUGUAAAGGAGUAUGAGGAUUAUACAGACAGAGCAUUUGAAAAACUCUGUUGCCCAGAAGCAGAGCUGUUCAUUCAGGACGCUGCAGCUGCAGAGAACAGGAGGCAAUGGGACACUGGCGCUCCUCAGACUCUGCUACAAAUGAUGGCCGAGGCCGAUGUCACCUCUCGCUGCUCCACCGUGCCUGAGGAUGGACAGGUGAUCGUGAUUGAAGGCGUUCCAGAAAAUAGGAAACAGUGGCGGCGCGAAGCACCAGGAACCUUAAUGAGUGUUUUGGCAGCAGCACAUCUAACAAGGAGCUCGUUUUCUGCCAGUGAUGGAGAAUUUGCAAUGGGAACAUUAAAACCAUGGCUUCCUGAAGAAGAUGAGGGGAAGGUGGCAGUGGCCUCUGACAUCGAGGUAGAUGAAGAACAACCAGAACCAAGAUCUGAUGAUGAUGAUACAAAUUUUGAAGAAUCUGAAGAUGAGUUGAGAAAUGAAAUAGUAGAAUCCUUGGAAAAACUUGCUGCUUCCAAAGAGGCAGAAGAAAGAGAAGUGGCUACUGGUUCCUCUAAGGAUGCUGAGAACUUAGAGAAAAGAGAGGGGAUAAGCAUACACAAGUAUGCAGAAUUAAAUGAAGGUUUGGAGAAUAUUUCUGCUCUAUCUAAUGACAAAAUCUGUACUGUUGAUGAAGACCAAGGAAUAUCAACAACCAGUCAAAAUACACAAGUGUGACUACUGAACUUUUUGAAAGUAAUGUUGGUAUCUAUUGACUAUAGUGUCUCUGGGUGCAAGUCAUAAAUAUUCAUUUAUUGUAAGGGUUUUCCAGUAAUCCCAAGGCUUUAUUAGUUUUUCUCUCAAUUUAGACAAUAGGACUGACUUUUGAGUGUAGAAAUUAAUAUUUUUACUUUAACAUUUCUGUUAAGAAACCUUUAGUGGGGAGGCUGUAGCUCAGUGGUAGAGCGUGUGCUUAGCAUGCAUGAGGUCCUGGGUUCAAUCCCCCAUACUUCCAUUAAAAUAAAUAAGUAAAUAAAUAAACCUGAUUACCUCCCCCUAAAAACAACAACAAAAAAAGCAACAACAAAAAAGAAAUCUUUCAGAUAUGUGUGGUUGGCAGAGUAAUGUGACUCCCUUCAACCCAAACACACCCAAAGAUAUGAAUAUAUUUUUACCAGGCAAAGAGGAAUUAAGGUUGCAGGUGGACUUAAGGUUGCUAAUCAGCUGACCUUAAAAUAGGGAGGUUAUCAGGUAGGCUCAAUGUAAGCACAAGCAUGAAAUGGGAGAGGGAGGCAGAAGAGAGAAUCAGAGAGGUGGCAGCUGAGAGGGAUUCAGUCUGAUGCUGCUGGCUUUAAGACAGAGGAAGGGGCCACAAGCCAAAGAAUGCAGGCAGCCUCCAGAACCUGGGAAAGGCAAGGAAACGGAUUCUCCCCUAAAGCUUGAAGAAGGAAUGCAGCUCUGCCAACGCCUUGAUUUUAGCCUCGUGAGAUCCACUGUAGACUUCUGAGCUACCGAACUGUAAGAUAGUAAAUUUGUGU